CCUCUGUCACCUUGAGCAUUCGCCCACCUCCCUUGGCACAGGCCAUUGACCCGUAAAGGGGUGUCCUUGGAGUUCGAAAUCCGCUUUGUUUACUCCUCGGGCUUUGUGCAAGGCAAAUGUCAGGAUAAUGCUACGCCUUUGGUCCCGCGCCGCCCAGCCGCAGUCGACUUGUCGAUGCGUCUCAUGUCUGAGUACGACUUCGGGAGGGCUCGCCUCUCGGACAGCUUCGGCCGCCAGCAAACGUCGACUGCGGAUCGGAAACUCGGUUACGGCACUGUACACCAGCAUCUUCGCCGCGGCCGCUUUGGCGGAUGCCCAGGCCAAGGACCAACGUCGUCUGGAAUGGAAGGAAAAAAUAGCUGCGGUUAAGGAGGAGGUCAACGAGCUGGUCGACGAGGAAAAGCGAUUACUGGAGGCUCUCGCAGCACGGCAAAAAUCCAAACCCCUCAACGGAACGUUUUACCCCCGGCAGUACCGUCCGUUCCAGAUGACCGCGGGGAUAUUCCCAAGUCGCCCGGGACAACCAUCGCUUCGCUCCUACCACUCUCAAGCCUCCCUAGAGAAUUUGGGAAUGGAUCCCGACGAGAGUCAUGAAUUGAAUGCUAGCCGCUAUCCGGACAUGGUGGAAGAAAGCUGGGAAAGGUCCAUCGAAGAGGAGUCCGCGGAUACUCUUAUCGACGACAAGCUCCGAGAGUCCGUGCAGAAUGAGCUCGAUGACGAUACCCCGAAUGAUGAAGAUUUGUUUUCGGAAGACAUGGGAUGGGAGAUGAGUCCAGACCCGGACCGUGAGCGUCCAUUGAUGGACGACGAGCGCGGUGCUUCUUAUCAGCACAAUACGAUACCACGCUGGCUUCAAAAGGAUGUGCUCCGCAUGAAGGCUAUACGAGUUGUUGCUUUGAGACAGCUCGCAAUCCGAUUCCUGCUGCGCCCCACAAUUGCACACGAUUACUUGGGUCUUCGAGCACAAUACAAGAUCGACCGCUCACAGCCUCGAUUGCGCACCCAGCAGCUUCUAGCCGAAUUGAAUACCCUUAAAAACAGGAUGCUGAACCUCAAGACAAAAAAGAAAACCGCCAUCUUUGAUAUCAUCCCAGACCUCAGUCCCGAGGCCGGCCCGGAUUUGGCAGCUGAAAACAGUCAGUUGGACCGACAAAUUCGAUUCGAUAUCGAGGACUAUCUGUGCGGGGAUAUAUCCCUUGAUGAGCUUCUCAUUAAGCUGGCGCACAGCCUGACCAAGGUCCGUGAUCCGGAUCGAAUACGAUCAUUGAAAUAUAUGCUCAUGGCGUUCACGAGGACCCGCCAAAGUGACUUGUGCGACCUAGUUCUGAAGGCAGUAAUGCCUAACAUGUUUCCUAUGACCCCUACUUUGAUUCUCUCCAUAAUCAACUACUUGUGGAAAUCAAAAAACCUGAGAGGGUUCGAUUUGUUCCUGGAAAUGCUUCGAGGAGAUGGCUACCCGCUCGACAUGAGAAGGCUGAGUUACUAUAAACUAGUAGUCGUCAAUGGCGUUCAAAUUACGGUUCCACCCGUCAAUUCUGCCAACAGUGUUGUUUUUUCCACACUAAUACUCUCAUCAUUACGGUUCGACCAGCCUGACCGAGCCGAUGCCUAUCUCCAAUAUGCCAGAUCCAUUGGGUACAUGGACAGCUUCGCUACUCUCAAUGCCUACGUCAAAUUCUACACUAUUCGAGGGGAUUGGGAAAAGGGCCUGCACACCAUGAAAAGGGCACUGGCCUUCAUAGCAUCUUCUACCGAACACCCGGUCGCUCGACUCGAGCGGCUUAUCGCACUGAUGGUGCGCUUCUGCGACAAAUGCGAAAGAUCUGACAUCUCUGAGGCUCUUAUCUCCGGUGCCGUGAAUAGUGGAUUCGACUGGAUGCUUGCCCAGAAGCAAUCAGACUUGAAAUUCCACGCAGAUCCCGAAUACCGCCGGUGGCAGGAUGCGCGGGAAUCUUCAUCAACAGAGAUGCUGGAAAAGCCUACCUGGGAAAAGUCCUACGCCUUCGUCAACACCAUCUCUGACACGCUGAACGACCUCCCUAUUCCCGAAGCCGACUCUGCACGCCGGUGGCAGAAACUGAUGAGCGCUUAUUCCCAGCAAGUUUACUCAGCCGUGGUCUCUGGCGCCCCUACCGAGUACAGAGAGUCAAGGUCGACUGCAGAGCCAGGGAGCCACGCCUCUUCAACACCACCCAACCCGGAUGACGGAAUACCCCUAUCCUCAUAUUCGGACACGAUUGCUCAAGCGCACCAAGAGGAGAUCUCAACUCUCAAGGCGGAGGUUUCCCAAUUGAAACGAAUGGUAUUCGAACUGACGCGAACCGAAUCCAACAAGCCAGCGCCUACCCCGGAACAAACCCCCCAAACCGACCUCGGGAAACUGAAGACCCAGCUCUCUUCGACCAAAACCGGCCCUCCAGAGCCGCCCGCGCACAUCACCAUUCAAUACCGGAGACCAUGAGUUUACGCAGCGUCUAUCGCGUACUUGUGCUUGUACUCGUGCUGUGCUUGUAGCCACAGAGGAGCGAUUAAAAAUGUAUUUGUCAUAAAUAGGGGACCUUGGCGGGCGUCAUUGGGAGUUCUUACACACUUAGAUUUACUUGUUGGUUGAUUGUUGGUUGUUGUUUCUCUGCAUUGUUGAUAUACCUACCUACCUUCCUGACUGAAUUGUACAUGUACAUUAUAAUGAUAUCGGAUUUGGUACUACCACCAGGCUUUCUGGCGCUGGACAAUAUUCACCUCUCC